GACCAGAGGAACUUACUACCACUAAACAAAACCAAACCGAUGACUGAACACUUGUUUGAAAUCCUUGUAUUACAUCAUUAUUACAAAAGUACGCACACGGACACUACUCUUAUCCAUAGCGGGAGAAAGUUCCCACCACUAAACGAAACUGAAUUUAAACUCCCCAGCUCUGCGAUGCUACGAUAGCAUUUAGCCAUGGCCACAAGUUUCUCCAGCGCGCUUUCAACCAAAUUACCCAUGAUGGGUUUCAUUGGUUGCAGAAGAGACUUGAGACACAGGAAAGCACUCUCCAUUUCGGCUCAACAGCAAGCAGAAGUGGAGGAGGAAGUGAAGGUACCGCAAGAGCAAGCACAAGCACAAGCAGACAAUGGAACUCAGAAUAUGAAUCCCAAAGGAGUGAAACCAAGGCCUGUGGAACCGCAAGUGAAUGUGAAGAGCAAAAACAUGAGCAGGGAAUAUGGAGGCCAGUGGCUUAGCUGCGCCACCCGCCAUGUGAGGAUCUAUGCUGCAUAUAUAGACCCUGUCACUUGGGAGUUCGAUCAGACCCAGAUGGACAAGCUCACCCUUAUCCUUGAUCCCACCGAUGAGUUCGUGUGGAACUCUGACACUUGCAAUAAGGUUUUCUCUUACUUCCAGGAGCUUGUAGAUCAUUACGAGGGUGCUCCUUUGACGGAAUACACGCUUCGCCUGAUAGGUUCAGAUAUAGAGCACUACAUAAGGAAACUACUGUACGAUGGGGAAAUCAAGUAUAACAUGAACGCAAAGCAGCUAAAUUUCAGCAUGGGCAAGCCUCGCAUUAUGUUCAAUAAUAAUGAUCUUCCGCCUCAAGAGGCGCUCGAGUAAUUAAUCAGUUACAUAAUACUCCAAUAUCUGGGGCGACAAUUUUGUGGAACCCACGCCAAUCUGGUAGUGCAGCUUGAUUUCUAGGAUUUCAAGACCAUGAUGUGGUAGCUGCUUUCUUGUUACUUCAUGAUUCGUUUAUUUUGUAUUUGUAUUUUGAUCAGAAGUGAAAUGAUCACAAUUUGGUGGACAACUUUGAUCCUCUUCUGUAAAUAUUGUACGUAUUCGCAGUGGCUGCUAAAUUAUUCAUGGUUAACCCAUGGGAGCUGAAGUAGAGAAUAUUGUGACUUUCA